AUGUCGGGGAAUGGGGAGCACCAGGAUGACGGGGGAACGGAAGAUCGUGAAACGCUACUGCGUAAAGAAAGGGAAUUGGGAUUGCCUGCACAGCAGAUCUUUUCAAUAUUCUUUAAUCAGUUGUAUCAGGGAAUUCAGAUCACCCUUGCUUACAACAUUGGGGUGUUUGUUGUACGCCAUUUCUGCCACGAUGAGACGGAGGAGAGAAUCGGGGAGCUGACUGGUAUUCUGGCCUCAGCGUUCAGUACUGCGCAACUAUGCACGUCCUACUUUUGGGGAGUCAUGACAGACAAGAUCGGGCGCAAGCCAGUUGUACUGAUCGCGAACUUUGUGAUGGGCAUCGCAACGGUGCUGCUUGGCCUGGCGCCCUCUUAUUGGAUGGCAGUUGCUGCGCGCUGUCUGGGUGGCCUCGCCAAUGGCUCAGGAGUGGCUAUAAAGACGAUGCUUGCUGAGAGUUGUUCCGCCGACACGCAAGCUCGCGGCAUGGCAUACCUCAAUCUGGGGUGGGGGCUGGGCAACGUGUUGGGGCCCAUGAUUGGCGGGUUCUUAUCCCAGCCGUGUGACCAGUAUCCCUACUUCCCCCUUUGCAACAACGGCACAGGUUUAUUCGCGAGACAGCCCUUCCUGCCACCGUGCCUGGUAGUGGGCGCCCUGUCCUUCUUUGCAUGCUUCAACAGCGCAUGCAUGAUGGUUGAAACGCAUCCCAAGUACCGCAAGGCUCCGCUGGGGGCCAGCGCUUCCCAGAGCAAGUUGGUCGUUCAACAAGAAGGGGCUGCGCUUGAUUUGCCUGCAGUCCCUGAGAGUCCCGGCAUUGCAAUCCCCGGCCGGCAUUCAGAAGGUGCGCACAGCAGCGACACAGCGGAGGGGAGUCAGCUGCUGGCGAGCGUAGGCCGCUCACUGUCGGGGACGUCGGCGGAAACGCGGCAGCUGCUGCGGCGGCUAUCCGCGCGCGUGGGCACGCGGCUGCUGCACGGCUACCGCUCCCUCUCCAUGGGCAGUGACGACGUCGAACGCCACGAGUACGCGGCAACGCCGAGGCACCCCCAGCACAGUGACACCGAGCUGACCGAUGCGCGCGUCUUCGUCUUCCAUCCCAGCGAUGCUGCCAGCUUGGAAGACACACCCCAUGCGUCUGCAAGCCCUGAGCAGGUGGAUGCUACAUUGAACGAGAGAUCGGCCAUCAAUCUAGAUGCAGGAGAUGAGGAUGAGAGAGUCCCUCUCAUGCAGCAGGCUGCGGCCACGUCUCAUGUCAAGGCAAGCACAGCUGAGGCCAGGAGUGGGGAUGACUACGACGACCAGAGCUCCUUCCAGCCGUGGUACAAAUCCAGGAAGAUGCUGCUGGUGCUGGGCGCUUAUGGCUCCAUUGCAUUCCUCAUGAACUUCCUGGAGGAACUCACACCCAUCUUCGCGUCGGCUCCCUAUGACAAGGGUGGGCUGAACUUCACGCCUGAUCAGGUCGCUCUGCCAGUGAGCUUUGCUGGCCUGGCCCUGGUCAUAUUUGCACUGCUGUGCUACCAGCGCAUACAGCGCCGUGUGGGCUGUCUGGCCUGCGCCAAGAUAGGCCUCGCAGUCGCCACACUUGUCGUCAUGCUCAUCCCCAUGCCCUCACUCCUGGUGCCACGGUAUGCGGCGAUACAGAGCCUUCUGAUACCCAUAUUCGGGCUGAAGGCCAUGUGCUCCAUCAUGUGCAUGACGUCCAGCAUGAUUCUGGUGAAUUUGACAGCCCCGAUAGAGCAGAUCGGCCCAGUGAACGGCGCCGGCAACACUCUGGCUGUUGGAAUGAGGGCGCUAGGUCCGGCGCUGUCCGGCCAGCUGUGGGCGCUGUCUUUGAGGACGGGCAUGAAUGGCAACCAGUUCCUGGCCUUCGGUGUUGUCGCCAGCGCCUUCCUUGCUACUCGCAUCCUCUUCGGCUUCAUGAAUCCGGGCUCGUAG